AUGGUCGAAUCAGCCCUAGAAGGUAUAACAGGGAAUAUUUUUGUCUUUGGCCAAUCGGGUGCAGGAAAAACGUAUAUAUUUGAUGGAGAUGUGAAUGAAACUGGAAUUAUAGAUCUUUCGGUGUCCCAUAUUUUUCAAAAGAUCCAAAGCAUUAAGGGGAGACAAUUUUUGUUGAGGAUUUCCUAUUAUGAAAUUGAUGAUGAAAACAUUUACGAUUUGAUAAAGAACGACGGAGCAAUCCUCAAUAUUGAGAAAACGAAUGGUUCUGAUGUUAGAUACGGUGAAAAAAUAAUAAGUUCUGCCGAUCAAAUUCUCGAGCUAUUAAAAAUAGGCAGAGAAAAUCAUAAAGUGAGGGCAACUUCUACGAAACAGAACAACACGAACACCGUUUUAGUAUAUGUAAACAGUAAUGAAAGUAAACUAGGAGAAAUUUUGGACAAACCAUUUGGUGGUUAUGAGAUGACGGCAUUAAUAUGUUGUAUCUCACCAUUGGAUGUAGACGAGACAUUUUCGACUUUGCGUUUUGCUGACAACGCAAAGAACAUUAAAAACAACAUACAUGUCAACAAAGUUUUUUCGGAAGACACGCUUCUGAAGAAAAUGGAACAUUUUAUUUCCAGACUAAAACAUGAAUAUACCCCUGCAAAUCAAGGUGAAGCAAGUGGAAAUAUGCUCGAGAUGAAAGAACUAUUUAAGAAUAUAAAAGAAAAUAUAAUAUUUUCUGGUUCACCUCGUACAGUCGGUUCAACUUUGCAUAAGAAUCUGCUUAUUCGGGCUGCUAGUUUAAUAUGUGUUGUCAAUCCGUAUGUAUCACAAUGA